AUGGGAAAUUGUUCUCAGCUCUUACAUCUUCAUCUCACUGGCAAUCAGCUAAGUGGUAUGGUGCCUCAAGAAUUGGGAAUGCUAACUGUUCUAAGAAAACUACAUCUAGGAAGAAAUAAUUUAUCAAGUGGAAGUUCCACCACAACAUCUAUUUUGAACAUUCUUACAAACUGCUCCAAUCUCAAAGAACUCUAUCUCUAUCAGAACCAUUUCAGUGGCACUUUAUUACGGGCCAUAGGAAAACUCUAUCCUAACCUAUCAAAACUAUCCUUGAGAAGCAACAAUAUAACUGGUAAUGUACCAGAAGAAAUUGGCAACCUUACUGUGUUGACCAUUAUUUCUCUCGGCAAUAACAAUAUAAUUGGCAAAAUUCCGAAAGCACUAAGUCGUCUUGAAGAAUCUACAGUGGCUGGAAUAGAGCUUCAACAAACUACAAGGCACAAUUCCAGUAGAGUUUGGCAAGCUAGGGCAGGUAGCUUCAGUUCCGUUUACCGAGGACUGCUAUCUGAUAACACAUUGGUGGCUGUUAAAGUAUUCGAUCAGGAUCCUCAAAAUUCAUACAAGAACUUCUACAAAGAGUGCAGAAUACUAAGCAAAAUCAGACACCGCAAUCUGGUCAAAGUCUUGUCCUCUUGCUCAACGCCAGAAUUCAGGGCUCUGGUACUCCAGUUCAUGUCAAAAGGAAGCCUCGAACAACAGCUGCACCAAGAUUGCAGGUUGACUUCAAAGAUGAGAUUGAACAUCGCACUGGAUGUGGCACACGCAAUGGCAUAUUUACACCACGAUUGUUCUCCUCCUGUUGUUCACUGUGACUUGAAACCCUCAAAUGUUUUAAUGGAUGAGAACAUGACAACCCAAGUGGCCGAUUUUGGGAUUGCCCGUCUAAUGUCUUCCACCGAUUCUGCAAGCAGCAGCACAUCUAUGCUGAAGGGAACAGUAGGCUACCUUGCUCCAGAAUGUGGAUUGGGGGGACAAGCCACGACCAAGAUCGAUGUUUACAGUUUUGGUGUGCUCAUCCUUGAAAUGGUGACAAGAAAGAAGCCCACAGAUAAAAUGUUCAUUGGCAACAAAACUUUGCCCAGUUGGGUGAGAACAGCGUAUCCUGAAGCACUGGAGAACGUGGUGGACAGAGAAAUGGUAGGUGAUGAGUUGCAUGUGGAGGGAUUCAUGGAAUCCACAGAGCAGGGCAGGUGGCUGGUUAGUUUGAUUGGGCUGGCGUUACAAUGCACGAGAUAUAGUCCAGGGGAAAGACCAACAAUGAGAGAGGUGGAGGGCAUACUCGAAAGGAUUGUGUAUGGCACAGCAUAUGGCAAUUUAGAGGAGCAUCCAUCAGUGCAGAGUUUAUUAACACCAGUCAGGGGAUUAGGCCAUCCAAAUAGUGGUACAUCAUCUUCAUCCACUUAA